AUGGAGACAUUCUCGCACUUUACCUACAACCCGCUAGACACACUGCAGAGCGAGAUCCGUCUUAUUUCUCUGCAGCCUUCUCAGCAUGAUAACGACAUCGAAUGUCAGCUAUUGUCCGCUAAUCUGGACGAACAGCCAGUAUUCGAAGCUCUAUCUUAUGAAUGGGGUCCACCAACGCCAUUAAGUCAUUGCAGUUGGAUCAAGCUCGACGGCCAUAACUCUCCCGUGCGAGAGAACCUCCGGGCUGCUCUCUCUUGUUUACGUUUCAAGGAUAAAGCAAGGAUUAUCUGGAUAGAUGCUUUGUGUAUCAAUCAAAAGGAUGUCAAAGAGCGAAAUCAUCAAGUUGCACAGAUGGGGAAGAUCUACUCACAAGCUUCGAGGGUGAUCGCUUGGCUAGGU